ACCACCAAACCCUCCAUCCAUCACUCAUCACUUCUUUGUUUCAAGUUAGCCUCUGCCACGUCUCAAGGCUAAAAGCACCAUGCAACAGCUUUUCCCAUUCUCAACCUUUUUUGCAAGCUUUCGUUCUCAUCAGCCUGCUAUUCUCAUUAUGCCAUUGCUAUUCUGCUCUUUGUUGCUGCUGCUAGUGCUGCAAAUGUUCCUCCGCUGGUGCCAACCCAGGCACAAACGCCUGCCCCCUGGUUCAAUGGGUUGGCCCUACUUAGGAGAGACCAUCAAGCUCUACACUGAAAACCCAAAUUCCUUCUUUUCGAACAGGCAAAAACGGUAUGGGGAUAUCUUUAAGACCCACAUAUUAGGUUGCCCCUGUGUAAUGAUUUCCAGCCCAGAAGCAGCAAGAAUUGUUCUAGUGAGUCAGGCUCAUCUGUUCAAGCCAACUUAUCCGCCAAGCAAGGAGAAAAUGAUAGGGCCAGAGGCUAUAUUCUUUCAUCAGGGACCCUACCAUUCAAGGCUCAAGAAGCUGGUUCGGGCUUCCUUUCUGCCCUCUGCAAUUAGAGGGUCAGUCUCGGAGAUUGAGCGUAUUGUUCAGAAACUUCUCCCCACUUGGAAGAAUCGCACCAUUAACACCUUGCAAGAGAUGAAGAGGUAUGCUUUUGAAGUGGCAAUGAUUUCGGCAUUCGGAGACAAACUAGACUCAGAAAUGGAAGGAAUAAAAAGUUUGUAUCUGUGCCUUGAGAAGGGCUACAAUUCGAUGCCUCUAAAUCUACCGGGAACUCCCUUUCGCAAAGCAAUGAAGGCAAGGAAGCUUCUGAAUGAGACAUUGAGAAGAUUAAUCGAAAAGAGGAGAGAGGGAUCAGGGAGAAAAGGCGGUGGCUUGUUGGGAGUAUUACUGGGAGCUGCCAAAGACGAGAAGCUCAAUCAGCUUAGCGAUUCUCAAAUUGGAGACAAUAUAAUUGGAGUAAUCUUUGCUGCUCAUGAUACAACUGCAAGUGUCCUUACGUGGAUUCUUAAGUAUUUGCUCGAUAAUGGCAACCUCCUAGAUGCCGUGACGAGGGAACAAGAAGGAAUUCAACGCAAACUAUUAGAGGCAAAUCGUGGACUUACGUGGGAGGAUACUCGGCAAAUGCCGUUGACUGGCCGGGUGAUUCAAGAAACACUGAGAGCUGCAAGCAUACUCUCAUUUACAUUCAGAGAAGCUGUCCAAGAUGUUGAAUUUGGGGGCUACUUUAUCCCCAAGGGUUGGAAGGUUCUGCCUCUCUUCAGAACCAUUCAUCACUGUGCUGAGUUCUUCCCACAACCCGAAAAGUUUGACCCUUCAAGAUUCGAGGCGCCACCAAGACCUAACACGUACAUGCCGUUCGGGAAUGGAGUCCAUGCUUGUCCAGGCAGUGAGCUGGCCAAGCUUGAGAUGCUCAUCCUUCUUCACCACCUCAGCACCUCUUACAGGUGGGAAGCUAUGGAACACGAGGAUGGGAUACAAUAUGGCCCUUUCCCGGUACCCAAACGGGGUUUACCUAUAAAGGUAACCCUAAGGAACAAGAAGCAGCCAUGAGUUUAUCAAA